GUUGCGGGGCGCCGGCCCCAUUCAGUCCCCCGUGGACCCCGAGGCUGCGGGCGCCGAGCUGCCGCACGAGCAGGCCUCGAGCCCCGGGAGCCCGCACACGCCUGCACCGCCCGCAGCCAGGGGCUUCUCCAGAGCCAUCGAGAGCAGCCGCGAUCUGCUGCAUCGGAUCAAGGAUGAGGUUGGUGCACCCGGCAUAGUGGUUGGAGUUUCUGUAGAUGGAAAAGAAGUCUGGUCCGAAGGUUUAGGCUACGCAGAUGUGGAGAACCGGGUCCCCUGCAAACCGGAGACGGUCAUGAGAAUCGCAAGCAUCAGCAAAAGCCUCACCAUGGUGGCUCUGGCCAAACUGUGGGAAGCAGGGAAGCUGGAUCUGGACCUCCCGGUGCAGCAUUACGUCCCCGAGUUCCCAGAAAAAGAAUACGAGGGUGAAAAGGUUUCUGUCACAACAAGAUUAUUGAUUUCCCACUUAAGUGGAAUUCGCCAUUAUGAAAAGGACAUGAAAAAAGUGAAAGAGGAGAAAGCUUAUAAAGCCCUGAAGAUGAUGAAAGGGUUAAUGCCAUCGGACCAAGAGAAAGAACCGAAAGAAAAGGGAGGCAAGAAUCACGAAAAGAGCGACUCCCCCAAGGCAAAAGCCGACCAGGAGAAUGAAGGCAGGUGUCGGCACUCAAAGCCGGGCAAGAAAAAGAAUGAUUUUGAACAAGGCGAAUUGUAUUUGAAAGAGAAAUUUGAAAAUUCAAUCGAAUCCCUACGAUUAUUUAAAAAUGAUCCUUUAUUCUUUAAACCUGGUAGUCAGUUUUUGUAUUCAACAUUUGGCUAUACCCUGCUGGCAGCCAUAGUGGAAAGAGCCUCAGGAUAUAAAUAUUUGGACUAUAUGCAGAAAAUUUUCCAUGACUUGGACAUGCUGACGACUGUACAGGAAGAAAACGAGCCAGUGAUUUACAACAGAGCAAGAUUUUAUGUUUACAAUAAAAAGAAACGUCUUGUCAACACACCUUAUGUGGAUAACUCCUAUAAAUGGGCUGGUGGUGGAUUUCUGUCCACAGUGGGUGACCUUCUGAAGUUUGGGAACGCAAUGCUGUAUGGUUACCAAGUCGGGCUGUUUAAGAAUUCAAAUGAAAAUCUCUUACCUGGAUAUCUCAAGCCAGAAACGAUGGUGAUGAUGUGGACCCCAGUCCCUAACACGGAGAUGUCCUGGGAUAAAGAGGGCAAAUAUGCCAUGGCGUGGGGCAUUGUAGAGAAGAAGCAGACAUAUGGUUCCUGCAGGAAGCAGAGGCACUACGCUUCCCAUACUGGAGGCGCAGUGGGCGCCAGUAGUGUCCUGCUGGUCCUGCCUGAAGAACUGGACCCAGAGGCCAUAAAUAACAAGGUUCCCCCACGAGGAAUAAUCGUCUCUAUCAUAUGCAACAUGCAGUCCGUUGGCCUCAAUAGCACUGCUUUGAAGAUUGCCCUAGAAUUUGAUAAAGACAGGGCCGACUAAUCCUAAGUGGCACAGGUCCACAGUGAGCUUUCCGUUCUUUGAAAUGUUGACGUUCCAAAAUACAUACAAUUUUAAGAAUACAUUUGUAAUAGAGUACAGUUAAAUGUGGAGAAUUAUGUACCUCUAAUUGCUUAAUUUUGUAACUGCCUUUUUAUUGUACAAUUAGUUCUUUACACUCAGGGAAAUAACAGUUAUUUCUACUUUUUGAAAAAAAAGUGUUAACUCUUGAAAUAAAAUAUUCUGAUAAAAGACAGUA